ACACACACACACACACACAACACACUCACCCGCCCGUCAGUUUAGAGCCCCCCCCGGUGUCCGUCUCGCAUCGUGUCGUGUCGUGUCGUGUCGUGUCGACGAACCGAACGCUCCGGAACCGCGACGGCAACACGGUCCUCUCUGCUUUUUUGUUCUCCCCGUUCCGUUCUUUUCCUUUCCCUGCCUGGCCUUGCACGCGGCGGCGCGCGUUCUCCGGCCGGUUGGUUGGCUGCCGGCCGCUGCUCCAACACGUCAAGCGUUUUGCUUUUUGGCCCUUUCUUUCCUCUUGGCUGUUCCGUUGCUGCUGCUGCUGCUUCGCUGCGCUGGCCCGCGGCAUUGCAUCCGUCCUCAAUCCCGCCUCUCUCACUCUCUUCCUUCUCUCUACCUUUUACUUUCCUUCUCUCUUGUCUCCUUCUCUCUCUCUCUCUCUCUCCUUCUGACGGCUUUCCCGCCCUCACCGUAUCUUUCGCUCUACUACUACCCUCCCCCUUUCCCAAUCUCCCUCUUCCCCCUCUCUCUGUUUCGUCGUCGUCAUCUAUCUAUGCGGGGGGGAAGCAGCCUGUUUGCAGCUAUUUCGUAUGCUCGCAGGCCCUUUGCUUUUAUUGGAAUUUUGAGUCGUUGUACCAGAAAGGCAGUGGCAGGAAAGGGCCCCCCCUUCUCCCUCCCGGUCCCUUUCCAACUGGCCCGCCCCCAUCCGCCAGACCCCCAUUCCCUCCCCCCUGUCUUCGCUGCGCGGCGCACUGGGUAGCAGGCGGUCCUCCUCCUUGUCCUCUUUUGGUGUGUUUGCGCGUGCUGGGAUUUUUUUUCAUCGCCCCCUUCUUGCGUGUUCGGCUGCAAGCGGAAAAGCACAGAGAGUCGACCUCGAGGGAGGGCGGUUCGCUGGUUCCAUACAUACAUCCAUCGCCUAGGGCAGGGCGAGCCCCGAAACGUUCCCCCCCCCGACGCUACUCGCGGGCGCUACGCUACGGCCGCCAGCGCUACCACCUACCGGUCAGUGGAAGUGAACCUGGAACUCGCCCGCGGACCCACCGCCAGCCGCAUUCAGCAACCUGCCAGGGCUGCAUGCUGCCUCCCGGGCGGCUUCCCGCCCCUCGCCUCUCUCCCUUGUUGUUGGCCCCGCAGAGACAUUGGCUCCUCAUCGACGACGUUCCUCAUCGACAACGACUUGACCUUGCCUACUGAAGACACCAGCAAUUUGCACCGACCGCCCUUGCUCGUCAACGAUUUAUUCUCCCGUCGCUCUCCCUCGUCCGACCCGAAUAUAAGUUGCCUCCGCGCGCAAAGGGAAAGGUCCCGCACCUCAAUUCGACUGGGGGGCCUGACCUGAGCAGAGAGACGGGAGUCGAAGAAGCAACGCUGCAGCGGGCCACUUACACGCUCCCAGCCACCACCGGCGCCCGACUUACACCGCCGCACGCACCGAAUCGCGCCCCUUCUACACACGACUACGAACACCACGACCAUAACCACCACCCAUCCCACGGCCAUCUGCUUCCCGCCGCAGCGGAAGAGCGGCACAUCGCACAUCAUGGCAUUGGGUGAGAGGGCAAUGGAGAGGCUGCGGGCUGAUCUGCUACGUCGCGCACGCAGAGAUGGCCCAGACGCUGGGCGAGAAAUGACCGACGUGGCCGAGGCCACACGGGAGCCGCGAGCUGCGAGCAGGAGCGACGACCAAAGAUCGCGGAGCCGUCUCCCGACGUUGGGCACACUCCGUGUCUUUGGCCGCGGCCACGGCAGCGGCGUCGCUGAGACGCCCAAGUCCCCCGACUCCGAGUCGAACCCGAUCAUGCCCAUCUACAACUAUGCCGGCGACGCCACCGUGGCGCCCCGUCCGCCGCAUCACCUUGCCCGACCCCCCACGUCGCCGGCGCCUCUCCUCCCGCAGAGUCAUAUGCCGCUCCCGCCGGAGCCCGUGGCCAUCAGUCCCGUUGGCACGAGCCCGCGCAGCCCGACACCACCGAUCCAGAUGACGGGUGCAUUUCCCGUGCCCGACUCGACGGCCCACGGCCCUACCGAGUCGGCCAGUGGCGUGAGCUCGACCAGCGGCGGAGGAACAGAUACAUCCGAUGACGACGAGAGCGGGCGGCCGCACCCGAAGCGGUUCCUGUUCUGCUUUCCGUGGGUAAAGUCCAGGAGGAUGCGAUCCCAAAUCCUGACCUGUUUCGUAUCCGGCAUGUUUCUCGUCAUGCUCCUGGCAAUCUACCUGGGGCUCACUCUCACCAAAAAUAUUCGCCAGGGAGAGCUGACCAUCAUGAUCAUCCUCGUGGUCCUGACGGCCGCCGCCUUCUUCGCCUACAGCUUCGUGCGCCUGCUGCUGCUCAUAUUCCAGCCAGACCGUGGCAGCAGGCGUCGCCGACGAGGCCAGGUGCCGGACAUCAUGGCCCAGGGCGGCUACGUGGUCCCUUCGAAACCCAUCCCGGUCCUGCUGGCUCGGGACGAAGAAGUGGCGGGAGCCCAGAGUCAGGCGUCCAAGUUGAAACCGCCGGCGUAUGGCCUGUGGCGAGAGAGCGUGCGUGUAGACCCGGACCGAAUCUUCUGGCAACGCAACACCGACGCAGGCCCGAAUGCGGGGCGCCCGGAGACACGGGCCGGGCCGCGGCCGCCGUCGUAUGCUUCUGAUGACGGAGUGUCGUACAUGAUGGACGCACGACCCCGUUCCAUAGCCCCUCCGCUGAGCAGCUCAUCCAUAUAUUCCUCCGAUCUUGCCCGGUCCGCAACAGUGAGCCAGGGUCAUGUCGAGAACUGGCCCGGAGCGCCGCGUCGAUGAUUGCGUGGUCUGCGGGACGAACUGAUGGGCCUCGGCACGAGAAAAGGGAGGCGGCUGGGAGAGAGGAGGAGGAGGCGUCUUUUAUGAUUUCUAAAUGAGCGAAGCACACAAGCAUUGGUCCAUGUGGCGUGUCGGACGAGCGUGUACAAGGAAAGUCUCGGUCUUGGUGGCGGGUGCGUCCUAGGUAUAUGAUGACUGGACCGAGGUGUGAAUACCUAUCGGGC